AUGGGGUCGAAGCAGGAUGUAGAGGCUGGCUCAAAAGCAAAAUACGGCGCAUAUAACGACGCACUUGUUGAGCCAGAACGCGAAUUACUCCUACCUACAGGAUUAGACUCGCCCACAGCUAGUACCGUCAGCACGCCACGGUACAGCCUUGUGCACCUUGUAUGUGCCUUUGUCGGAGGUGCUGCCUUAUGCAUCGGUGCACGCUUCCUGCUCGACGUCUCAGGUAUUGCUGGGCCACCUCCACUGGGAGACGAUGUGAGGGUACAAGCACCACCGUACGUUGGCUCUACGGAAGUGCACCAUUUCCCACCUGUAGCCCCUACAAAUGCUUUCCCUGACCUCUUUCCAACAAGCGUUGGGUAUCCAGGUGGUACUCCUACUGGCGCAGAGCCUGGCCUCAUUGCAACUGCGCCCUCCCUCCCUUUGCAGACCGGCGCAGCCCAACUUGUCGCACCUCCAAAGAUUUACAAGCACAUACACUCUACGCAUGGUGACGAUAUGGAAGAAGAAGAGGAAGAAUCCCGCAAACACUAUAAAUCCGACCGUCCUUUUAACCUUUUCCGAAGCUGGGGCAACCUUUCUCCGUGGUACAGCGUCUCCCGUGGAGCAUUCGGCAUCGAUGACACCGCAGAGCCUCCUGCUGGAUGUGUUGUUACUGGCCUUCACUUACUUCACCGUCACGGUGCCCGUUAUCCGACCGCGUGGACGAAUUUCGGUGGUCCUGCCAAGUUUGCUACCCGUCUACACGAGAGCGCAUCGCAAUGGGAGGCGACUGGGCAACUAGCAUUCUUGAACGAGUGGACUUACAAGCUAGGCGAGGAAGUGCUCACUCCCUUUGGCCGACAACAACUAUACGACCUUGGCGUAUCUAUGCGUCUCAAGUACGGCUUCCUACUCAAGAACUUUACGGAGACGAAUACGAUCCCUGUAUUCCGGACAGAGUCUCAGGAUCGCAUGCUUGCUUCGGCACUCAACUUUGCAAUUGGGUUCUUUGGCUACCCUUUUGAGGGGCAGUACCAACAGUUGAUUACGAUCGAAGCUAACGGAUUUAACAACACCUUCGCCCCCUACAAGACCUGCCCGAAUGCUAACGCCGCCGGCAAAGCGGACCGCUCGUUACCCUACGUCAAAGAAUGGGUUUCUCACUUCCUGGCGGAAGCCCGGGAACGUCUUUCAAGGGCCAUGAUUGGAAAGGACGGUCUGCAGGGUGAGUUCGAUUGGACCGGGGAGGAAGUGUACGAGAUGAUGCAGAUGUGUGCCUAUGAGACUGUUGCUCUCGGUUACUCCAAAUUCUGUGAUCUCUUCACGGAAGAAGAGUGGGAGGGAUUCAAUUAUGCGCUUGACUUGACAUUCUGGUAUGACUCUGCUUUCGGUUCACCUGUUGCUCGCGUCCAGGGUGUCGGCUAUCUCCAAGAGCUCGUCGCGCGACUUACCCACACCCCGAUCGCGACCCACAACAGCAGUACUAACGCCACACUUCAUACGCCUGAGACUUUCCCGCUAGAUCAUGCUCUCUAUGUAGAUGCUACGCAUGAAGUUGUUGUUCUCAAUAUUAUGACGGCGCUUAACCUGAGCACACUCGCAGCAAGCGGUCCUCUCCCUGCAGACCAUAUCCCUAAAGACCGUUCAUUCCGUUCCGCAGAUCUCGCACCUUUCGCAACUAAUAUGCAGUUCCAGCUCCUCUCCUGCGCAUCUACCCCGGAACCCCAAAUCCGGAUCAUCAUCAACGAUGGCGUCGUUCCUCUCCAUGGGAUUCGUACCUGCCCGUAUGAUGACAAGCACGGAAUGUGCCCACUUCCCGCGUUCAUUGAAGCUCAGCAGGAAACGAUCCGGGGGACAGACUGGGCGUGGGGAUGUCAUGGAGACUGGGAGGUACCCCCAGGCAGUGCGUGGAAUUCAACUACGGGGGACGCGCCCAAGGCAUAG